UUCCUGGUAUAUACCAUAAGAGGUCAGAACUGAACAAGAGAGUUAGAGUACAUGUUUUUUUUAUCAAUGCGUCGCAGAGGAUAAUGUUCACAUUAUUUAAAGAAGAGUACAAUUGUCCUCCUCUACAAACUGAUGAUGCUUGAACCCACCCGUCUGAGUCUUUUGUUAUUUGGAGUGUUAUAUUCUGUCCAUGGUCAAGGUUUUAGGAUAUCGUCAAAAUUUAUGAAUGGACAGUUGAUAUUUACAUGGAGCAAUAUAUCAACAACCCGCAAUGCUAUAAUAAUCACUAAGGAUUCUCAAUCCAGUGGUUGGAUACGGGUUAAUGAUGACCAGUACACUGUGGAAGAUGUUAUGCUAUGGAAAACUGUAACGAUCGUGGUACGGGAGUGGAACACAUCACAAAAUUAUGUGGACUACAUGAAGACAUUCAACGUUAAAACUGUACAAUCUAAGGAGGGUGAAUCAAGAAACAUUUCAUGGACUGCAGAUUAUUUCCCUAGAGCUGGAUUGUACCUUAUUUUUCAUGUAUAUAACGAUUCAGCAAAAUCAAUAAUGCAGAUAGGGGACAAGGACCCGUCAACUGAAAAGUAUGUUUAUCAUACCCGACCCCUGGAUUCUGUUAAUAUACAGUUUGAGGUGAAAAAUAUAACGCUGCAAGAUGCCGGAUAUUACGUAGGGGGUACCUCCGAGGCAGAUGCUUGGUUAGGAGGUGGAGGAGUUGUUCUAAUUGUUUUUGGAAAACCAGUGAGAGCACAAAUAACUGGGAAUCUGAAUCUUCAAGUUAGAAAAUAUGCUUACCUGAAAUGUGAAAGUAGAUCUACGUCUGCUCCGUCCUAUUACAAGAGGUUCCCGCCAUUAUCGUAUUCAUGGUUUGUCAACAACACCAGGCUAAAUAGAGAGGUUAGAGAGACAUACAGCUUUAUUGUGUCUAAGGAUGUUAAAUACAACAAAUACAGCUGUCAGGCAAAGGAAAUCCUAGAAUCUGAAAAAAGUGUCGAAAUUCAAAUAAACCCUUUAUAUGGUCCAGAAACUGUACUUUUAACCCCCGAGCCACCCAUUGACGGACUUAGUGUUCAUUACGGGGACACAUUUGGCCCAUACACCUGUUCAGCUGACUGUAACCCACCUUGUAACGUGCAGUGGAAAGUCAGAGAUCCGUCAGGGGGUUUUAGAGACGCUACAUCCCUUGCGGCAUCUUCAGUUACUGUACCAGAGAUAACAGCGAAUAGAACUAGUAUGGCUAUGAUAAGAUGUGCAGCUAACGGCACCGAAGGCAAAGAAACAUCAUCCAUCAAGCUGAACAUUCAGUAUUUAUCGGAUCCAAAGGUAUAUAUUAAUGGCAAUCUUCAAAAUUCCCUAACCGUCGAUGAAAGAUCUCCUCUAUUUUUGGCAUGUAACAUGGAGGGAAAUCCGAUUCCAGAUACCAUCCUAAAAGAACUCACUGGAAACAAGAUCUUGGUGCAACGUAGUACUACCUGGUUAAACCACACACUGAGAAGGGAAGCAGUGUGCUCUGACACAAGCACCUACAGCUGCGAGGGAAGCUCUUCAGAGUUUGAAAGAAAAAUUCAAUCAUUCCUUAUCAAUGUUCGUUGCGACCCUCGCCUUGAUUUGACAACUGUAGUAAAAACCAACUAUGGCUCCAUGAGUGGCCCGGAUGUUAAUGUUCCUGUAACUGUCCCAGUGGUUGCAAAUCCUGCCAUAUCUCUAUCAGGGAUCACGUGGUCAGGUCCGUCAGCGACGUCUAUAUUGACAAAUGUAGAUUUACAGAGAGAUGCUUUUAUAUAUAAACAAAUGAUCAGAAGCAGCAUCCCCAUUCCUGACAAGAGAGCGUUCGGAAACUACUCACUGAUGUACAAAGGAAAAAAUAUUGAUAUUACAAUUAAUGCCGAAGAUAAACCUCAACCUCCUUUGAAUUUCACCGGAUAUUCCUACGCCUCUGGAUACGUCAAUCUUACCUGGAUAUCAAACUUUAAUGGAGGAUUGGACCAAUUCUUCCUCUUGUAUCUUAAAGAGGGGUCCAACUGGAGAGAUAUCAAAAAUUUAACAGACCCGGGGGAAGGUGAAGUGGGAAGUUUUGACCCAGGACUGUUAAAUACAGGACAAGAAUACUGGUUCCGGUUGGAGAGUUGUAAUCGAAUCAGUUGUUCUUCAAGGUCUGCUGAAGUAAAGGUCACAAUGCGAGGUGUAAUUAGCGAUUUAAGAGAAGCCUCUACUCAGACGACCUGGGUUGUUGUUGGAGUCCUCAUUGGUUUAUCUGUUUUGUUGCUGACGAACUUUGGUGUUUAUAAGUUUGCUUUUUAUCGAGCAAGACAAACAUGUUAGAAUAAACCACCUCAACAAUCCAAAGAUCUCAAAGUCAUGAAUAAAGAAUAUGAAGACAUUGAUGACGUCACUGUAGAAACACAAUAUCAAAGUCCUAAUACACAGACCUACGAGGACGUAACGGAGAACACAGAACAAAUACAACCACUGACAGAUUAUCAGAAUAUCAGUGGACAUCAGGAUAACCAAUAUGAAGAGUUAAAGCCUGAUCAAGAUAGACUUUACUCGUCUCUAAACGUUCAGUGAAACUACGUAUGUAGAGAGGUAUAACUUUUUUUGUAUGGAGAACUAUCAUUUUAUUUCACAAAUGUAUAUUUAAAACAGAUUUGAUUAAUU